GGCAUCCUUUCUUGGUCAUUGCAACAAACUUUCCAGUCUUUCCUUUCCUGUUUCUUUAUACUGACGGCUUUCGACAAUGGACCCAUCGGGUUGUCUCGCCCUUUCCACACGAACGGACUUUACAGCAUACAUCAAUCUGCUCCGCAACGCCACGGGCGGAGACUUCAGCCUUGUGAAAGACUGCAAAACCAAUGUAUGCGGAGCAUUAUGGGGCUCAGGAAAUCCAGAUAUCAGUGGCAUUGGUAUGGCGAUUGGUUACAUCCUUGAAAGCAUCAUAUGCGCAUGUCUUGUAGCGACAUCGAUGUGGUUUGAAGGAAGCGUCAAAGGCCAUCCAGGCCUUGGGAAGUUAUUGGUCGCGAACGCUACAAGAACCUUUUUCGACAGCGCCGUCUUUUUUACCUUCGCGAUACAGACUGCCAGCAUCGUAACACUCUCUGGGGUUGACUUUGGGGUCAACGCCGUUGGGAUGGGCGGGUUCACAGUUGAGAUUGCUUGGCUUGUCUCGUCGCUCACGCUUCUACCUCUCCUUCCGAUGGUGUUGCGUUCACGAAUGUUUUUGGAAAGCAGCGCAACAGAUGUGGCUAGAAGACGGUCGUCUAGUGGUACUGAUGUUCAAGAAGAUGGAUACGAAGAGCCAAGAAGCGGCGCUGAUGGACACCCUGGGCCCCUCUCCGAUGCUCGUAGAGGACAACGUUUUGUUUUGUUCGUUAUAUGCUGGGCUAUGGGCUUUUGCCCUUUCUUCUCUCGCAUGGGAGGAACUUUUGGUGAAAGCCGGAUCGGAAAUGCGCCAAACACCGCCAUAACAACGGAAGAAUGGAGCGUGAUCGCGGGCGUCUGUUUUGAAGGCGUUAGCACUCUCAGCUCACAUGAGCGCAAUCUCACCACAGCGUUUGGCAUUAUCAGCUAUUUGCUGUUGUCCAUUGUCGUCAUCUCGAAGAUCCUUUCCUCCGCUUUAGAGGACAUGGACCACAAACAAACCUGGCUGACAAAGUGCUGUUCUGCGUUUAGUGGAGGUUUUGUCGGGUGGUAUGCAGAACUAGGAAUCAACGUUGUCGUUGCCAUCGCACUAGUUGUACAAUUCUGGGCGCUCUUUCGGCUACGACAGCUACAAAGUGUCAUGAUCCGAGCAGCUGGUGGGAGUUUUCCAGAUGGGCAGUGGACUUUUGGUCAAAUUGUAGCCACCGUCGUUUUCGUUCCAGUCGCUGCCGAAGUAUUGUUUGUGUGGAAGAGACGUUCACUGUAUCUUGGAUAGAAGCAUGCAAAUAAAACAUUGAAGAAGACGUGGUAUUCGGCUGGCGAUUACGCACAUGAUGUAAAUCGUAUUACUAACCC